GGAGGAGGAGGCGGAGGAGGAGAGGCACGCACGUAGCCUGAGCGACUGGAACCAGCAAAGCUCCAGCGGUCCGCAGAGGAGAAGGGGGAGGAGGCGCGGCGGAGGCUAGCGAGCGGGCGCGGGUGUCACCCGGCUGCAGUGCCUUCUAGCAAAAGCCACCGCGGCCCGGGCUGCAGCGGCCAGACGGAUGCAAAGGCCACACGGCAGGCGCGGGGGCAGCCGCCGCAGUCGCCGUCCCGCGCGGGCUCCGGACAUCAGGGGUUGCUGAUGAAGUGAUUGUGAAGACAGAGUGAACACCUUCAUUUGCAGAAAGGACAACAUGGAUCAGCCAUUUACUGUGAAUUCUCUGAAAAAGUUAGCUGCUACGCCUGACCAUACGGAUGUCUCCUUAAGCCCAGAAGAGCGGGUUCGUGCCCUCAGCAAGCUUGGUUGUAAUAUUACGAUCAAUGAAGAUAUCACUCCACGCCGCUAUUUCAGAUCUGGGGUAGAAAUGGAACGGAUGGCAUCUGUGUAUUUGGAAGAAGGAAACUUGGAAAAUGCCUUUGUUCUUUACAAUAAAUUUAUAACCUUGUUUGUAGAAAAGCUUCCCAAUCAUCGUGAUUACCAGCAAUGUGUGGUACCCGAAAAGCAGGACAUCAUGAAGAAACUGAAGAAGAUUGCAUUCCCAAGGACAGAUGAAUUGAAAAAGGACCUUUUAAAGAAAUAUAAUGUAGAAUACCAAGAAUAUUUGCAAAGCAAAAAUAAAUAUAAAGCUGAAAUUCUCAAAAAACUGGAAUAUCAGAGAUUGAUAGAGGCGGAAAGGAAGCGGAUUGCUCAGAUGCGCCAGCAGCAGCUCGAGUCGGAGCAGUUUCUGUUCUUUGAAGAUCAACUCAAGAAGCAAGAAUUAGCCCGAAGUCAGAUGCGGAGUCCGGAAAGCCCAGCACUGUCCGAACAGAUUGAUGGGAGCACUUUGUCCUGCUUUUCCACACACCAAAACAACUCCUUGCUGAAUGUAUUUGCAGAUCAACCUAGUAAAAGUGAUGCAGCCAAUCUCGCUAGCCACUCUCCUCCUGUAAACAGGGCUUUAAAGCCAGCUGCUACUCUAAGUGCUGUUCAGAUGAUUGAAGGACUGAGAUGUGUAGUUUUACCAAGAGAUCUUUGCCACAAAUUUCUGCUGCUGGCAGAAUCUAAUACACUUCGAGGAAUAGAAACCUGUGGAAUACUUUGUGGGAAACUGACACAUAAUGAAUUUACUAUUACCCACGUAAUCGUGCCAAAACAGUCUGCAGGACCGGACUACUGCGACAUGGAGAAUGUGGAAGAAUUAUUCAGCGUCCAGGAUCAGCAUGGCCUCCUCACUCUGGGAUGGAUCCACACACAUCCUACCCAAACUGCAUUCUUAUCCAGCGUUGAUCUUCACACUCACUGUUCCUAUCAGCUCAUGUUGCCAGAAGCUGUUGCCAUCGUUUGUUCACCAAAGCAUAGGGACACUGGCGUCUUCAGGCUCACGAGUGCUGGCAUGCUCGAGGUUUCCGCUUGUAGAAAGAAGGGCUUUCAUCCACACACCAGCGAACCCCGGCUGUUCAGUAUAUGCAAACAUGUGUUGGUAAAAGACAUAAAUAUAGUUGUGCUGGAUCUGAGGUGACGUGUUCUGAAGAUUAGCACCAUCAGUGCCAUUGAAGCCAGACACCUGUGGACAUGUGGUUGCUGCAUUUUCUUAAGAAGUUUCCAGAGAUGACUGAUAUUUUAUAUUUAUACAUUUUAGAUCAGAAGGUUUGAUAUUUAUUGCUUUUGCAUAUUUUAAAGUUUUCUUUUUGGGGUUGCUUGGUCUCAAGAGAGGUCAUAGUGAUGUUAAAUCAGUACCUAUUCAUGUACCCAAAUGCCAAGACCUGAUAAUAAAUUGUGCUGCAAACAAUA